AUGAUUUUGAUACACGCCAUUAUUUAUCAUUCAUUUUCUUUCUUUCUUCCUUCCUUCCUUCCUUUCUUUCCUUCUUUCUUUCUUUCUUUCUUUCUUUCUUUAAUUCAACUUAUUUUUGUUGCUUCAUUUGAAUAUCUCUUUCUCCAUACAGACCCUUCUUUUAUCCUAUUUUUCCUUUCAUACUUUCUUCUUGUCUUUCUUUUAAGCUUUCUUUCGACCAUUUUAUUUCUUUUUCUUCUCUCAUUCAAUUUUGUGGUUUGUUUCAUUAAUUUUCUUCUCUUGUUCUUGUCUGCCAUUGUUUCUUUCUCAUUCGUUUUCUCAUUUUCCUUCGUUAUUGUUUUUGAUGAAAUCUCUUCAUUUUUUCCUGUCUUUCAUUCUCGAAGUGUUUCUUUGAUUUUUUUUCAUUAUCUUUCUUCACUUUCUUUUUUUCCUCUUAUUUUUCUUAGUUUCUUUUUUGUCAUUAACUUCUAUAUAGCUGUUCACUUUCUAUUUAUCCAUUAA